GUGGAGGCCGCAGUCUGUUCUUGGCCGUGCGAGGCGUUGCUUCUUCUCGCCCCCCUUCUUUACCUCCCUCCCUCAUCUCCGACUCGUCCCUUGUUUGGGUUCGGGUCUCCCUGUUGCCCCCUUAAUGUUCUUCGUCUUCUUCUCCUUCGAUCGGUCGCCGCCGCCUGAAACAAGUUACGAACCUUCCGGUCGUAGGCGGAGGUCCGCGUGAAGACCGCGUUGCCUAACAAAAGAAGGGGAGGAGGAGAAGAAGGCCCACGAAACCCGACUGUCUCACUCGCUGACGUCCGCAAUCUCAUCCCUAUUCUGCUUUUUGUUCCCAACAACAAAGUCGUAUGUCUCUCUAAUUCUGCAUGCGUGCGUAACCAGAUCGAAUUCACGAUCGGAGUUUUGGGCAAUCGCCAGCCAGGCUUUGGUCCCUGAUCGGUGAAAGAAGGCCGACGCACGGUGGGGUUUCGAUUUCUGGAAGAAGAAGAAGGGUCAUGCGGAGAACGAAGCAGGUCGGUUGCUGAGAGAGUAUGGGAGUGGUUGGACCUCCGGUUUCCAGUCAUGAAGGUCUACAUUGCUCGCGAGGCUUCCAAGCUAUGGAGGAAGGUUUGCGUGGAGACAUCUGUGGAGCUUCAACUUCUUGCGGAGAAAUGGAAGCUUCUGCUCACGGGACUCCUGUUCCAGUAUAUACAUGGGUUGGCUGCACGAGGGGUUCAUUAUCUACAUCGACCUGGACCAACUCUUCAAGAUCUUGGGUAUAUGAUUCUUCCGGAACUUGGAAGAGAAAGAGGCUACAUCAGUGAGAGUCUAUUCACCAUUGUGUUUUUGUCCUUUGUACUGUGGACAUUUCAUCCCUUUGUUUAUCAUAGCAAGCGCUUCUACACUGUUCUGCUCUGGUGGAGAAUUUUGGCAUUUCUAGUUGCUUCUCAAUUGUUGCGGAUCAUUACAUUCUAUUCUACUCAACUUCCGGGUCCUAACUAUCACUGCCGUGAGGGCUCGAAGCUUGCCAGACUGCCCCCACCAGAGAGUAUAGCUGAAGUGCUUCUAAUUAACUUUCCUCAUGGAGUCAUAUAUGGUUGUGGUGAUCUGAUAUUUUCAUCCCAUAUGAUAUUCACACUGGUUUUUGUGCGUACGUACCAUAAAUAUGGCUCUAAAAGGUUCGUUAAGCUUCUUGCUUGGGUUAUUGCUAUUAUUCAGAGUCUUCUUAUAGUAGCUUCCCGCAAGCAUUACACAGUAGAUGUCGUAGUUGCAUGGUAUACUGUAAAUUUGGUGGUAUUCUUCAUUGACAAGAAACUACCAGAAAUGCCCGAUCGUUCUACUGGAUCUCAACCAAUGCUACCAUUAAACAUUAAGGAGAAAGAUGGAAAACCCAGAGAAGAGAAUCUCAAGUUAUUGAAUGGAAAUUCAGUGGAUACUGCUGAUUGGAGACAGAGGAUGCAAGUGAAUGGCACACAUGGAGAUGAUGGGAACCAUGUCCAUUCUGAAUCUGCAGUGAAUGGGGUAAAUAGAUGAUCUUGGACAACAUUGUUUUCCUCGGAUGUUCUGCAGAAGGGAUACCAAAAUGGAUGGUGCCUCGACUCUCUUUGAAUUAAAGGCUCUACCGGGAAGUGCUUCGUCAUGGUCUCGUUGUCGUAUGUGUUGACUGAAUGUGGGCGUGGAUGGUUGGUUUUAUUUGUGCAAGAAACUGAAAUUUGUCUUGGGGGGUCAACAACCAUUUUGCUCCUUGAAUCAUCACAUGUCCAUAUGUAUCAUUUUCUUCAAUGAUUCUUUACCAUGCAGCAAAAAGGAAUCUUUAUCUCUGCUGAUUGAAUUUUUUUA